GAAAUUGAAUGUAGUUCAUUAGAUGUGUUUGAAACAACAUUUACCUACUGGCGGACUGACUUGCUCAACGCAUGGCUCCUGUUUCCGUGAAAGACGUGGAUGGACACGUAUAUGUUAAAGCACUGGCACAGUUUUUGAAGAAGACUGGGAAAGUAAAGUUACCUGAAUGGACUGAUGUUGUUAAACUGUCAGCAGCUAACCAGUUAGCACCUUAUAACCCUGACUGGUUUUAUGUCCGAUGUGCUGCCAUUCUCAGGCAUUUGUACAUCCGACCAACUGGAUUGUCUGGCUUGAGCAAAGCAUUCUCCAGAAAGAAGCGCAACGGUGUAAAACCAUCUCAUCGUUCCCUUGCCCAUUGCUCGGUCAUAAGGAAAGCCAUUCAACAAAUGGAAGCCCUGGGACUAUGCCAGAAGCGUGAUAAUGGAAAAAUGUAGGAAUGCGUUGCUACUAGCCAAUCAUACCUGUAAGUAGUCUUAAGAUAACCACGUACUGAACAAUCGACGUCAUCAACUAGAUACAUCGUUUUUUUCAGCGUCAUCAUAGUGUUGACUGAUUAGAAAAUAUAUGAGCUAACCGGUCUGUGCAUCAAAUGACAAUCUCGCUUGUUCAAAUGCCAUCUCUCGAAACACGAAAUAUGCUGUGAUGAACAUCCUUGUGGUCUUUCAAAUACUAAUACCUGAUAGUUCCAGUCAUUUCAUAACCAUCUAUUCAUUAUUCAUUUCUCUCAGAUCCACUCAUCACUGUUUAUUACGUAUUUAGGUAAUAAGCACAAUUUGAUAACUAGGUUUAACGAACGCUAGUUAUUGACAUGAUUUUCGCCGACUAGUCGCCGGAUAUAUACUUAAAUCUCCUCACUAAACUAGCUUUAAGAGUCAGUGUGUCAGUCCAUUUUCUCAGUAUUCAUGAACACCUUAUUUUUAUUGUAAUGAUGUAGCUAAAACCGACAUUUUCCGAUCAUUUUACUUUCAGAGGAAGAUCUCUUACGUCGGCUGGAAGACGUGAUUUGGACAGAUUAGCCUACCAAAUUUUGAGGGAACGUCAUUAAAUUUUUAAAUACAGGAUUCUUGUGUCAACUUGUUUUGCUGAAUAAUUAUGUGCUUAGGACUGUUUGUAUAUUAGCUAAGGGAAUAUCUCAGUUGUACAUACAACCCGAAAUUGAUGUGCCCUACUUAACAUCAGUCACUGAAAUCUUGUGAAGUUUGCUGUGCUUAUAAAUUUCUUGCAAACAUUCGAUCUCCGUUUCCUGCA